GGGAACUUUGGGUCCGUAGUGUACCUAGGUAGGUAGGUAGCGAUAGCCUACCACGGUCACCCCCCCGGGCGCCCCCAUUCCAUCCGCCAUCCACACACACACACCCGGACCCAUCCACAUCCAUUCGUAGCCAAUCCCUCAGCUCCCUCAGGCCCAUCCGCCCACCCCCAAUCCACUCCUGGCUGUCCCUGUUUUGUCUUGUCGGUAGCGCUUCCACUUCCUUACUCCCCCCUCGCUUCCCGUCCGUCGUUCAAUCCUCGUCCGCCCCGUCGUCUUCUUUACUUCCUUCCAUCCUUUUCUGCCUCUGUCCGACCCCGAAGCGACGAAGACGGCCUGCGUCAAAACCAUCGACGCUUUCAUCAACAAAUCGACUUCGGCGUCAAUCUGCCAGCAAUUUGCUUUGCCUGGUUUCCCUGCCGCAAGGUCACAGGUUCAAGACCAAAGCCCCUCCCCGACGAGCUGGGCACUAGUCUCCCAUCAUCAGCCUUGUGGAAUUGCGGAAAAGUAGAGCCAUAAAUCCGGAAACUGCCCAGGACCGCUGUGUUGCCAUUUGGUUGUGAGGUGAACAGGAUGGGUGCUCAGGUUAUCGCCGCUGCCUCCAACGGCCUCUGUCAUGACGAUGAGCCCAUAGCCUCGGUCAAAAGUCGCAUAACAAGAAGCGGCCGAAAGCUAUGGUAUUCUCUGAGGGUUGUCCAAGAACCCCUGCGCGCGAGAGCGUGCGGUUCGGGUCCUAAAUCAUCCGCCGACCGUCGCCCCGUGGACCCGCCUCCGGUCGUGGAGCUGCGCAUCUUUGAGGGUGAAUCUUUUGAGAUGGCCCAGGAGAGGGAUGUCACUUUUCAGUACAACGCCAACUUUUUCCUCUAUGCCACGCUCGAGCACGCUCGUGUCAUGGCCCAGGGUCGUCUGCAGACUCCUUCGGCCAACACACCGCCUGUGCUGACUGGCAUGCCUGUCUCCGGCAUGGCUUAUCUUGACCGACCCAAGUUGGCCGGCUACUUCUUGUUCCCCGAUCUGUCGGUUCGCCACGAGGGUCGCUAUAAACUGACAUUCAACCUGUACGAAGAGACCAAGGAGGACAAGGACAAAGAUCCCGAAGAACCCAAUGCCCCCCCGGACGGCUCGCCAGGAUCCUUCGACUUCCGAAUGGACAUCAAGUCGCAUGAUUUUGUUGUCUACAGCGCCAAAAAGUUUCCAGGAUUGACCGAGAGCACGCCCCUCAGCCGUACCGUCGCCGAACAGGGAUGUCGCGUUCGUAUCAGGCGUGAUGUGAGGAUGAGACGCCGCGAUGGAAAAGGCAACAGUGGUGGUAACGACUAUGAGAAUGGCGAGGAGGAAUACCGGAGGGCCAGGAGAACCGCCACACCUGAUACUGCAAAGCAGGAAGCUUACCGGCAAAGAUCGAUGAGCGGAAGCACCGAGAGGACGCCCUACUCUUCUAUCAGCGAUCCUCAACGCCGGCCUUCGAUGGCUGACUACCCACCUCAAUACGCUGCUCAGACACCGACAUCCGGAGGCCAUCUGGGUUUCUUGGGCGGGAACACGCAUCAUCAGUAUCCCGCUCAACCACCACCACAAAGCUUCGCCCAACCGCACUCGGUUCCCCCUUCACCCGUCUACCCCACGAGCCAACGGGCGCCUUAUCAACACCAGCCGUCUUCCUACCCUCCGCCACCACCGCCCCAUCAGCCGAUAUUCCAGUCCGAGCAUCACACAUCACGGACCUAUGCGCCCAUCAAUCCUGCCUCUCGUCACGAUAGCAUCCACCAAAGUACAAAGCAAUACACACUCCCGCCCCUCAGUGAGGCCGUCUCGCCUACUCAGCCGCAUCACCAGCACCCUUCCAUCGCUCCUCACAGGUUACCUGUAACUGCUCUACCUCCUCUGCAAGUCGACCGCUUUUCCUCAGCCAGCCACAACCAGCAUCCAAUGGUCAGCCCCAGCAACAUGGCUGCUCCGCCUUACCCUCGUGCCUAUUCCGUCAGCAACAGCGGCGGUCUCACAAGUGCUGGCGGCUACAACCAGCUUCCGCCGCCACCUCCUCCGCCUCCGCAGGUUGCUGGCUCGAAACGCGCACACGAUCAGACGUUCAGGGCUGAUCCUGAAAUGAGGCGGUACCAGGACGGGGCGCGCGAGCGGGAGUCUGUGGACGACAAGGAGCCGCCGCUUUGCACGUUCAAGUAUAGACGUGCUGACGGCAGCGUCGAGUGUAAGCAGGCAGAUAUUGGCGGGUAUUGAGGUUGAUCAUUUUUACACGACGGUUAUGUUCUUUGUGGGAUUUCUUGUUAAUGGUCGAUCAAGUGGCUUUCCGGAGCACUGACACUGAGCGAGUUCCACGCGCACAGUAACAAGUUUCUUCUUAAUGGCUUGAUGGGGUUGUUGCUGCUGAGCUAGGUGUUGAGGCGUUUGAUCGGCUGAGGCGCCGGGGCCAUGAGUGCCCUUGUCCCAAAUUUGGCUUCGGGUUCGAUUUUUAAAUAAUGGUUGCCCACUCGGUGCGGGCUCAUUCGUGCAAAGUCUGUCUUGAUUUCUUUUCGUCAUCUGUCUGUCCAGUCUGUCAGUUUGUGGUACCCUUUUCUUGUCUCUUCUUGACUACCGACCAUCGCACAAAAAUGUCCCUACUUGUUUGGAUUAGGGUUUGGGGUUUGAAUGUCGUUGAAUGCUGUAUGAGUUUGGCUACACACGUGCUCAGGGCAUACGUGGCCCACAGAGACGCAUUGAGGCAUGCACGCAUAUACUUGGUAUUUGCAGAGGUUGGAUGCUGAGGAUCUUGGCUGCACAUAUACCACCAAGAAAACAGCCAGACAUUACCGCUACAUAGGUUCCUUCUUGACGAUUCUCUCUUCUUCUAUCUCAUGUUCUCUUUUUCGAUUUUUUUCCCUCUUUUUUAUUUACCUUUUUCUUCUGUUUACAUACUUGUUCAGAUCAUAAAUCGGGUUUUCACAAGGUGCGCGGGAUCCAAUCGGAAUGGUUACCAGUUAAGUCGUAUGGAACGCCAAGAAGAUAGGGAUUCAAGGUUUCCAGUUUAAGAUGAAAAUGCCGGACCUACUGUAGAACUUCGGGAAACUCAGAAUGGCACUGCAGGGUUGAAAGUGGCUAGUGAUCAUGUUUCUGCCUGCCUAGGUAUGGACAACUGCAACACGACCGGCAUAACCCCCGCCAAGCGUCCUAUAAGCCAACCUCAGAGAGCCCUUUGAAGUUUUCUCUCGAGCAUCUACGAUAUGGCACAGUGAUCGGCCUGGCAUAAUCAGGUUAAUGGUAAAUUGAAUGCCAGUCCAUCC